GUGGAGUUUGAAGGCCUGCUGCAUACAUAUGCACACACACCCCGUGAUCGGAUACGGCGCAGGAGCGACGCGUUGGCGCGCGACGCAGAGGGUCUGACAGGCCAAUCGUCCUGGAGAAUGGGACAAUCAGCGCGGUGCUGAGGAGGUGGCCGCAGGACAUGUCGGCCCAGGGCGAUUCACACCACAGCGGUACAAGGCUCACGCGCUGUCGGUGGCCUUGCAGCGGCAUCUGAACUCGAGCCCGAUCACGCUGUUCCACAAGGUGCUCUCGCUGGAGCCGGUGUGGCUGAGGAAGUGGAGCGAAGUACUAGGUGCGAUCAGGCUUGGUGUACACAAAGUAACGCUCAUCAAAGAGCCGUGGGGUGGGUCCAUGUGUUGGAGCCAUGCUGCUACAAUUCUGCAAGAGUUUACGCGUAGGACAAGCAUUGAAUGACUUGAAUCACCCUGAGUGCGAUUCUGCAAGCGGUCCUCUCCCUCUCGAACUUGUGACGAUGGGCGAUGAUGAGCUCUCUGGCACGUCGACGAUGACAGCUGUGCCCCGGAACCCGAUGAGCUUGGGAUGAGGUGUCGACUUUCAAUCCGCUUUUGCUCGACUUCCCAUUGUCAUACCCUAGCUCCAGAGUGUGCGGAGCAUCCGGCGACCCCCCACAUGAGCGCUGCAUCUUGAUGCAUUGCGUAACGGGCCCCCGCACAACUUCUUCGAGCCAUCCCGGGCUGAAACAACGAGCUGUCGAUGGGCAACAGGAAG